AUUUAUUUUACCAAUUAUUUAUUUUUUUCUCUCUAAAUUAUUCCACGUUUUGCAAGGUUAUACUCACACGAUUUCUGUCUCCAAUUUCAUCACUUUCUCUCUCUAACUAGAUUGAAUUGGUUGAAUGACAUUUUUCUGUUUGAGAGUGAAAAAAAUCACAUUGUUUCAUCAAUUUUGCUCUUUACUUCAUUCCCUUUUGCAUUCUGAUCAAAUCCCAUUUCUAGUAUUGUUUCUAUUACUAAUUGCAUCACUGAAUUUCAGCUCUGUGCUUCUCCUGUAGGCAGUAGGAGACCUGCUGCUGCACCUGCAGACCAAGUUUAUUACAAUGUACAAACAACCUCCUAAUAGGAACCAUAGAUCCAAAGGAAUAAAAGUGAAGCACAUUUUGCAAAUAUGUGUCUUGGUGGCUGUUUGCUUUUGGUUACUUUACCAAGUCAAACAUUCUCAUGAGAAGAGGAAGGAAUUCGAGUCAGCGGAUGAGAAGGUUGUGAAAAAUGUGCAAAGUGAUAGUGAGAUUCAAAGAUUUGGGAGAAAAGAUAUCCCUAGGAUUACGGAGAUAACAAAAAGUGGUGAAAAUCACGAUGAAGAUGAAGAAGAUAAAGAUGGUGAAGAGGAAGAAAAUAAACACGAAGAAGAUGAAUCGGAACAAGAAAUUUCUCGAGUUACAGAGAAAGAUGAUGAAAGAGGAGGCGGAGAUGAUGACAUAGAUGAGCAUGAACUAGAAAAGACGGAAGAGGAAGAGGUAGAUGAAGAAAAAGCCAGCGAAGACAAAGAGAGCGACACUAAAGAAAACCAUGAAGAAAAUAAAGAAAGUGAGGACGGCCAUGAAGAAGGUCAUCCCGAAGAGGAGGAAAAUGAUGAAUCGGGAAAGGAAGAUCACACUGAACUCGAAGAAAACGGUGAUGUUGAUAAAGACGACCACGGUGAACAAGAAGGCGCUUCUGAUGAUCAAGAUCAUGAUUCAGAGAGAAACACCCGUCAAGCCCAAGAAGAGCUAUAUAAGGCAGAUGAUGCUUCGAGCGAAGUUGCUCAUAAUGUUCAGUCGGUGGAUCAGGAAACCAAGAAUGCGACUAUGAGUCAUGGACGGGAAAUUUAUGGGAAAAUCAACGUGGGAUUAGAGCAUGAAAUAAAAAGCUCUAUUAAUAGUGAUGAGUUGAUUCAAGAGGUUCAAACAAAAGAUGUUAAUAGUGCAGCUUCUAAUGCAACGAUUACCGAACAGAAGAUAAGUGAGGUCAACACGACAAAGCCGGAUGAUAGCUCAAUUCGGAAUGCAACAUUGCCUGAAAUCACUAGUAAUUCAACCGUUACUGAUGGAGAACUUUCCGCUACUUCGCUUUCUAAUGGAACCCAAAUAGCAUUUGAUUCCAAUUUGUCCCAAAAUAUCUCGGUUGAACUCAAACCAACAGACGACAAGAAUCAUCAGGAAAUGGCUGAAAUUAGAACCGAGAAUGUACCAAAUACCAACACACCAUUAUCUUCUUUUGACUCUUCGAAUGGUAAAAAUGUCACGGAAUCUGCAAAAGAGAACUCCAUUGGUGAUGCAAGUGAGGCUGUGAAAUCAGAAGACAGCGGAAAAGAUGACACAGAUGAAAAUUCCGAGUCUCACUCAAACGAGAAUACAGACGCCACUCAACAGGACGCUAUCGAUGCUUCCGAUAACAGCACGCUUAUACAGGACGAGGAGUCUAGAAUUGAUUUGGACACGCUGCCGGAAAUCAAAAGCGAGGUUCAUAACACUGAAGAUUCUGUUGCCGAAUGACUGCUCGAAUGAUUUUUUAUGUGAGUAAUCUUUUUCCUGCCCCCAUUAAAUACUGUAAUCUUAUUUAGUAUUUUCUUUUGUUUUCUACAUAAAUAUGCUAGGUCUUGGUGUUGGAUGUAUGAAAUAUUACUCCUUGUGUAGAACACAAUGAUUUCAACUUUGCAGUAAAUGUAGGUAAGUUUGAGAUUGUUCAACUACA